AAGCGUGGUUGUAGUAGGAGUAAGCGCUAAACGGUAUAUUACAUCAGAGAAACGAGAGCGGCGGGUGGCUACCAACCUCUCCUCCUUUUAUCUUCCCAUCCGUUCUCUCUCCACACAUUCUCCUUUUCUCUCCAAUCUCUCUAUCUCUCUCUCUAUCUCUAUCCGUACGCAAUUCUGUGUAUGCAUUUCUGUUGAGUUUGAGCUGAUAAGCGAUGUCACUGAAUUCUGUGUCGCGUGUUCCUCCGCAACUGUUGUUCGCCAAUGGACAGCUGGCCGGGAACAGGGACAGAGGUGGACUGGCGUUCGUUGAUUUCGUCGGCCUGUACGGCAAGUCUAGCCAGAGGAGUCGCCGCCGAAUUGGAGCGGCUACGUGGAGUGAUCGAAUAGUGCCGCGGAGUUUGGUGACCAGGAACUGGAACUCGAUUCAGGCGGCUCUCGAUUUGGAACGCGAACGCGUGGCCGCUAAUGCGCCUGCGCACCAAUCCGCCGACUUCGCGCCCAAGGUUGCAACUUUGGAUGACAUAAUAUCUGAAAGAGGGGCGUGUGGAGUUGGUUUUAUUGCAAACUUGGAUAAUAAGGGAUCACAUGAAAUUGUUAGAGAUGCUCUUAUAGCUCUUGGAUGCAUGGAACAUCGUGGGGGUUGUGGAGCAGAUAAUGAUUCUGGUGAUGGUUCUGGAGUGAUGACUUCGAUUCCUUGGGACCUUUUUAAUAAGUGGGCUGAAACACAGGGAAUGCCUGCCUUUGACAAAUUGCAUACUGGUGUUGGAAUGGUAUUUCUUCCCAAGGAUGAUGGCCAGAUGAAUGAAGCAAAAACAGUAAUUGCAAAUGUUUUUGAGGAAGAGGGUCUUGAAGUGCUUGGAUGGAGGCCUGUUCGAGUGGAAGCUUCUGUAGUUGGAUAUUAUGCGAAAGAAACCAUGCCCAAUAUACAGCAGGUUUUUGUUAGAAUUGUGAAAGAUGAAAAUGCUGAUGACAUUGAAAGGGAACUGUAUAUAUGUCGUAAAUUAAUUGAAAGAGCAGCAGCUAAGUCAGAAACCUGGGGAAAUGAACUCUAUUUCUGCUCAUUGUCCAGCCAAACUAUUGUUUAUAAAGGAAUGCUUCGGUCAGAGGUUCUUGGGAAAUUUUACUAUGACCUGCAAAAUGAUCUUUAUAUAUCUCCUUUUGCAAUUUAUCAUAGGAGAUACAGUACAAACACUAGUCCUAGGUGGCCACUUGCUCAACCAAUGAGGUUUCUAGGUCAUAAUGGAGAGAUCAACACAGUACAGGGUAACUUGAACUGGAUGCAAUCUAGAGAGACCUAUUUGAAGUCUCCUGUUUGGCGUGGACGCGAAAAUGACCUUCGUCCUUUUGGGAACUCAAAAGCAUCUGACUCUGCUAAUCUUGACAGUGCAGCAGAAUUGCUAAUAAGGAGUGGGCGCAAUCCUGAUGAAGCUCUGAUGAUUCUUGUUCCCGAGGCAUACCAAAAUCAUCCAACUUUGACUAUCAAAUAUCCUGAGGUGGUUAGUUUUUAUGAUUACUACAAAGGUCAAAUGGAAGCUUGGGAUGGGCCUGCCUUACUCUUAUUCAGUGAUGGAAAAACAGUCGGAGCUUGUCUUGAUCGUAAUGGACUUCGCCCUGCUAGAUAUUGGAGGACAAUAGACAAUGUUGUCUAUGUUGCAUCUGAGGUUGGUGUUUUGCCAAUGGAUGAAUCAAAGGUAACAAUGAAAGGGCGUCUAGGUCCUGGAAUGAUGAUAACUGCUGAUCUUACAAGUGGCCAGGUUUUUGAAAACACAGAGGUCAAAAAACGAGUUGCUUUAUCAAAUCCUUAUGGAAAGUGGGUCAAGGAAAAUUUACGACCUUUGAAGCCAGUGAAUUUCCUUUCAACUAUGGUUAUGGAAAGUGAAACAAUUUUGAGACGCCAGCAGGCAUAUGGCUAUUCUAGUGAGGAUGUUCAAAUGGUUAUUGAAAGUAUGGCUGCACAAGGGAAGGAGCCUACGUUUUGCAUGGGAGAUGAUAUACCUUUGGCUGUAUUAUCUUCAAAGCCUCAUAUGUUAUUUGACUAUUUCAAGCAGAGGUUUGCUCAGGUCACAAAUCCUGCUAUUGAUCCUCUCAGAGAAGGACUGGUUAUGUCUCUUGAAGUCAAUCUUGGGAAGCGAGGAAAUAUACUAGAGGUUGGACCUGAAAAUGUCUCUCAGGUUAAUUUGUCAAGUCCAGUGCUUAAUGAAGGAGAGUUGGAAUCUCUUUUGAAAGAUCCACAUUUGAAACCUCAAGUAUUACCUACAUUUUUUGAUGUUGGGAAAGGAGUGGAUGGUUCCUUGGAAAAGGCAUUGCACAAACUUUGUGAAGCAGCUGAUGAAGCUGUUAGAAAUGGUUCUCAAUUGCUUGUUCUCUCUGACAGGGCUGAUGAGCUGGAAGCUACACGGCCUGCGAUUCCAAUACUUCUUGCUGUAGGUGCAGUUCACCAGCACCUGAUUCAGAAUGGUCUGCGUAUGUCUGCUUCAAUUGUUGCUGAUACUGCUCAGUGCUUCAGCACUCAUCAGUUUGCUUGCUUGAUAGGAUAUGGUGCAAGUGCUAUUUGCCCAUACUUGGCAUUGGAGACAUGUCGUCAGUGGCGCUUGAGCAAUAAAACUGUGAACCUGAUGCGUAAUGGAAAGAUGCCUACUGUUACUAUUGAGCAAGCUCAAAAGAACUUCUGUAAGGCAAUAAAAUCUGGCCUUCUCAAAAUUCUUUCCAAAAUGGGAAUUUCAUUGCUCUCAAGUUAUUGUGGAGCACAGAUAUUUGAAAUAUAUGGAUUGGGAAAGGAGGUUGUUGAUAUUUCAUUUUGUGGGAGUAAAUCAAGUAUUGGUGGCUUAACUGUGGAUGAGCUCGCAAGGGAGACUUUGUCAUUCUGGGUAAAGGCUUUCUCUGAAGAUACUGCGAAAAGACUUGAAAAUUAUGGGUUCAUACAGUCCAGACCAGGAGGGGAAUAUCAUGGAAAUAAUCCAGAGAUGUCAAAACUGCUCCAUAAAGCUGUCCGCCAAAAGAGUGAAAGUGCAUAUUCAGUUUAUCAGCAGCAUUUGGCAAACCGACCUGUGAAUGUUCUUCGAGACCUUCUUGAACUGAAAAGUGAUCGUUCACCUAUUCCAGUUGGAAAGGUUGAACCUGCUUCAUCAAUUGUGCAACGAUUUUGCACUGGUGGUAUGUCACUUGGAGCUAUUUCUAGGGAAACCCAUGAAGCUAUUGCAAUUGCUAUGAAUAGGAUUGGUGGAAAGUCAAAUUCUGGAGAAGGUGGUGAGGAUCCAAUUCGCUGGAAACCCCUUACUGAUGUUGUUGAUGGGUAUUCUCCAACACUUCCACACCUCAAAGGACUUCAAAAUGGAGAUACAGCUACAAGUGCGAUAAAACAGGUUGCUUCGGGCCGCUUUGGUGUCACUCCAACAUUUUUGGCAAAUGCUGAUCAAUUAGAAAUCAAAAUUGCACAAGGGGCAAAACCAGGUGAAGGUGGUCAAUUGCCUGGGAAAAAAGUUAGUGCUUAUAUUGCAAGAUUGAGGAAUUCAAAACCUGGUGUCCCUCUUAUAUCCCCACCACCACACCAUGACAUUUAUUCUAUUGAGGAUCUUGCUCAGUUAAUUUAUGACCUUCAUCAGGUUAACCCCAAAGCAAAAGUCUCUGUAAAACUUGUGGCAGAAGCUGGUAUUGGCACAGUGGCUUCAGGGGUCGCAAAGGGCAAUGCUGAUAUCAUUCAGAUAUCAGGACAUGAUGGAGGGACUGGAGCAAGCCCAGUGAGUUCAAUUAAACAUGCUGGUGGUCCCUGGGAACUUGGCCUCACAGAAACACAUCAGACACUCAUUGCCAAUGGGCUAAGAGAAAGAGUUGUUCUUAGAGUUGAUGGUGGCUUUAAAAGUGGAUUUGAUGUUAUAAUGGCUGCGGUAAUGGGAGCUGAUGAAUUUGGAUUUGGUUCUAUAGCAAUGAUUGCCACCGGUUGUGUUAUGGCCCGCAUUUGCCACACAAACAAUUGCCCAGUUGGUGUUGCAAGCCAGAGAGAGGAACUACGAGCUCGAUUUCCAGGUGUACCUGGUGACCUUGUGAACUACUUCUUAUAUGUUGCUGAAGAGGUAAGAGGCACGUUGGCACAAUUGGGUUAUGAGAAGCUAGAUGAUGUAAUUGGACGGACAGAACUAUUAAAACCUCGAGAUAUCUCCUUAAUGAAAACGCGACAUCUUGACCUCGACUACAUGCUUUCUAAUGUUGGUAUGCCCAAAUGGAGCAGUACUAUGAUAAGGAACCAGGAGGUUCAUAGUAAUGGUCCUGUUCUUGAUGAAGUUCUACUGUCUGACCCAGAGUUAUCUGAUGCAAUUGAGAAUGAAAAGGUGGUGAACAAAACAAUUCAAAUUUAUAAUAUUGACCGUGCUACUUGUGGCCGCAUAGCUGGUGUUAUUGCGAAGAAAUAUGGCGACACUGGUUUUGCUGGGCAGCUUAACAUAACAUUCACAGGGAGUGCUGGGCAGUCAUUUGGUUGUUUUUUGACACCUGGAAUGAACAUCCGUCUUGUAGGAGAAGCUAAUGACUAUGUGGGGAAGGGUAUGGCUGGUGGAGAAAUUGUCGUCACUCCUGUUGAAAAUACUGGGUUUUGUCCAGAGGAUGCCACUAUAGUGGGUAAUACAUGCUUGUAUGGAGCAACCGGUGGCCAGAUAUUUGUACGAGGGAGAGCAGGGGAACGUUUUGCUGUUAGAAAUUCUCUUGCUCAAGCAGUUGUAGAAGGCACUGGAGACCAUUGUUGUGAGUACAUGACAGGAGGGUGUGUUGUUGUGCUUGGGAAGGUGGGUAGAAAUGUGGCUGCCGGUAUGACUGGAGGUCUGGCAUACAUUCUUGAUGAGGAUGAUACACUUAUCCCGAAGGUAAACAAGGAAAUCGUAAAGAUUCAGAGAGUAGUGGCUCCAGUGGGGCAGAUGCUGCUUAAGAGCCUUAUUGAAGCCCAUGUGGAAAAAACUGGGAGCAGCAAAGGAUCUGCAAUUUUGAAGGAGUGGGAUAAAUAUUUGCCACUGUUUUGGCAACUAGUUCCACCUAGCGAAGAAGACACUCCAGAGGCGUGUGCUGAGUAUGAGCAAGCAGCAACUGGGCAGGUUAGUUUGCAGUCUGCUGCAUAGGAUAGGAGAAAAUUGAAUUGCUCUCCUGAAGCAUAAUAAGAAAGAGUUGAAGCCAAGGUCAAGGCACUGGUACAGAAAACUUCACUUCAACUUUUAGAGUCUGAUCACGGACGGUAUCAGAUAAUGAAAGUUUGGAAGGUUUAUGUUGGUCAGAGAUGGGGGGCCUUGAGCGUCAUCCAAUCGCAAUCUGUUUCUGCAAGUACUUCAUUCAUCAGCACUCAGCAGCCCAAGUUUUGUAAAUUCUCCACUUUAGGCUUCUGUAAUUUGAUGACAUUCAUCUCAUUUCAGGGGUUUCUUAUUUGCAACCAUGAAAUGCCAGAUGUGGUAUAUCAAUUUCAAGAUUUAAUGCGACAAUGGAAACGAUUGAAUAAAGUCCCCAGUAUUGUAUUGUAUUGCA